AUUAUCGGUUAAUGAAAAGAAGGUGAAACGUAAAAGCGCAAGACGACAAUCGAACACGGCGAGCGAUAGAAGUAUUCCGCGUUGUUAGUAAUUUUCUUUAGCUGUAUUUGUUCGUGUAAAUAGUUUGACAGACGAUAUACCAAUAACGUGUUCUUGUUAGUGGAUCUGGCGAUAAAAAUUUAUCCACAAAAUGCUAAGUAAAAUAGUUAAUAGGACAUACUAUCGAUUCACAGCCUGAUUGGUUAAGUCAGUGUUGAAUGCAAGUAUGGCCGCCCUGCCAUCACCCACGCAGGUGGCUGGAAGCCAUACUGAUAUAUAUGAAGCCUAUUAUAACCAGGUUGAUCCCAAUGGAUGUGGACAAAUUGGUGCAAUGGAAGCUGCAAGAUUUCUUAAGAAAUCCCAGCUAAGCGAUGAUGUAUUAAGUAAAAUAUGGGAUAUGGCAGAUCCACAAUCGCGUGGAUUAUUAGAUAAGUCUGGACUUUUUGUUGCUCUUAAGCUUUGUGCAUUGGCACAGGCAGGAAGGGAUAUUAGUAUGUCAAAUUUAAGCAUGGAACUGCCUCCUCCAAAAAUGGGUGAUAUUCCUAUAACAUACACUAAGAAUGUAGUAAAUGCUUUGCCAGUAAUAACACCUGUCAGUACCGGAGAUUGGUCUAUUAAGCCAUCAGAGAGGGCCAAAUAUGAUCAGCUUUUUGAUAGCUUGCAACCUACAAAUGGGUAUAUUCCAGGAAAUAAAGUAAAAGGUGUUCUUAUAGAUAGUAAACUUCCAUUGGAUACUCUUGGAACAAUUUGGGACCUUGCAGACAUGGAUAAGGAUGGUAUGCUGGAUAGACACGAAUUUGUUGUUGCUAUGCACUUAGUAUAUAAAGCAUUAGAAAAAUAUGCAAUACCAAGUGUACUUCCACCAGAAUUAAUGCCACCUGGUAAAAGAAAAGACUCGAUACCUGUAUCAAAAUCGCCUGCAGCUUUAGGAAUAAUAACAACCGCCCCGCCGCCUAUUCCACCUUUACCAAAUGUAUCCUCUGUAAAGAGUAUGCCUAGCAUGGAUACAGCAAGGACAAACGUACAAUGGGUAGUUUCAUCUGAGGAUCAAAUAGCAGCAGAAAAAUUAUUUUUGCAAGCUGAUCUAGAUAUGGAUGGAUAUGUCUCAGGUAUCGAAAUCAAAGAUGUCUUCCUUCAAAGUGGACUUCGACAGACUGUAUUGGCUGAUAUAUGGGGCCUUUGUGACACAUGUCAAACUGGAAAAUUAAAUAAAGAACAAUUUGCUCUGGCUAUGUGGCUUAUUAAACAAAAACUUAGGGGUAUUGAUCCACCUGCAUCUUUAACUUCUGAUAUGAUACCACCUUCUAUGCGAAAACCUUCUGAUACUAUUGUGGAAAAUAAUAAUAUAUCUGGAUAUUCAAAUCCAGAAUUGGACAUGAUAAGCAAAGAUAUAGCAGAACUUGUACGUGAAAGGCAAACCAUGGAGCAGGACAUAGCCCAAAAAGAAGCUGAUAUUAAGAUAAAAAACGGUGAAAUAAAAAGUUUGCAAAGUGAAUUGGAUACUCUAGCUGCUACCCUAAAACAAUUGGAGAACCAGAAGGGUGAAGCACAAAAACGAUUGAAUGACUUAAAAGCUCAGAAGGCAGAAGUAGAUAAAGAUUUGAGUGAAGUCGAGCAGAAGAUUCAUGAAGAACAAAAAAAGGUUGAUAAAUUACGUCAACAAGCAGAAGAGCAAGAAUCAGUUUUACGUGCUCAGGAGGAGGAAUUGAAUUCUAAACGACAAGAAUUGGAAGGCUUGAAGCAAGAGGAGCAGCAGUUAGAGCAACAACAAAAUAAAAGCAGGGACCAAUUAAAUGAACUCACGAAAAAUUUGCAGGAUACUCAAUUGCAAAUUUGCCAAGCAAAAGCGAAAAUUACUCAUUUGCAAGAACAACAACGACAGAUGAGCGAUGCAAUUGCACUUUACGACUCUGCACUUGCAGCAGGGGAUGCCUCUCUUGUACCUGAUACUAGUCUGCAAUUUAAUCCUGAAAUUGAAGACCUAGAGUAUGAUAAAGCAACACACAAAGAGGAUGGAGUACAAGAGAAAAGAACUGAUUCAUUUUCUAAUGCAAACGGAACAACUUUGGAUGGAUUUGAACAGGAUCCUUUUGCAUCAAGCAAAGCUCAAGAAGCAUUUACAGCAACAACACCAGAUCCAUUUGGAAGUGCAUUUCCAUCUCAGAAUACUGGAGGAUUUACAUCUGAUCCAUUUAGUGCAUUUGAUAAUAGUAAUGUCAUAAAACAGGAUCCUUUUGAUCCAUUUGGAGAUAGUAAAAGAACUGACACUAAAGCUGUAACUGGAACAGCAACAACAAAAGAUCCAUUCGGAGAUGAUCCGUUUGCAAAUCUUCAUGCACCAACUCGUCCAGAAAGUCCUAGCCCAGCUCUUCCUCCUAAGAAAGCAAAACAACCACCCCCACGACCAGCACCUCCACGACCUACUCAAGGACCUACUGGACCUCUCCGAGCUGCACCAGCACCACCUACUCCUUCUCCUACUCCUGAUCCUUUCGCAAACGCUAAUACUGAUCCUUUCUCUGCUCAGCAAGGAGUAAUUGAUAACAACAACAGUACUAGUUUCACUAGCUCAACUGGAUUCGCCGAUUUUGCAAAUUUUGAUUCUAAGCCGGAACCAACACUGAAUCGAACGGCGCCACCCAGACCAACGAGCAGAGUGCAUGCAAUAUAUCCAAAGUUGCCGGACUUCACGGAAGACCCGUUUAGAGAUUACCGAUACGAGGAUCCCUUUAACAUAGCGGAUCCUUUCGCUGACGAUGCAGAAGACCUGAACGCUAAUAAGAGCAAAGAGACUGGCAAAGUGGAUCCAUUUGGUUACGGAACAACUUCGAUACCUCCUCGUGAUAAUUCAUUCUCCAAGAGUUUCGACACUGAUUUCUCCAAUACCUUUCCAUUAACUAGAAACAAGGUUGAUAAAGACAACGCUAAAUUCGAUGCUGACUUCAUGAAAGCGUUCUCCGACGAUAACAGAAAUAUAAAGACUAUCGAAUCCGACGUAUUUUCUAAUACCAAGGCAAAAACGGUGGACAUUGAUGAAGCAUUUUCUGCCAAGAGUGAGAAGUCGUCUAAGAAACACGGACAGGACUUUACGCAUUAUAAAUCUAAAACUAAUUUUAACGAUAAAAAGUCAAAAAACGAGACUGGUAAAAUUUGGAAUGGUAACAAUACUCCAUUAUCGUUAACCGAAGAAGAGCAAUUUGUUUGGGCGUCUCAACAAAGUUUAAAGACCGAGGAAGAGAGACGUAGGCGUAAACAGCAAGAAGAAGCGGAAUUAGCUUUAGCUCUUGAAUUGAGCAAACAAGAAAAGUCUGGAAAAUUGUAAGCUUGAUCAAGUAAAGCAGUUACUACUCUAUAAUUCAUCCAAGUGAUCAACGUACAUGUUUUCAAGCACAACGACUUUGUAAAUCUUGAUAGUGAAACCAGAACCUGAAUGCAUAUGGUACGUUAACUUCCUAUAAUCGUAAAUGGUUAGAAGAGUUGAAAAAUCCGCACUAAUGAAAGCUACAACAAAUAUUCACGUAAACUACAAUAAUUAUUCGCAAUGCUUAUUUUUAAUAUUAUAUACCAUAUCAUAAUUGCUGUGAAACGAAGAUAUUUAGGAAAUAAAACAGAUAUUAGUGAAGCAUACAGAUAUCCAGGAAUCCAUAGAAGCAUGCAUUAAUCAUCAAGAAGCAUUUUACCGUGUAUGUAAUCAGUGUUGAAUGUGAUUUUUCCGUUUUUCACUUGACACGAGAUGAAUGUUAACAAAAUAUUAAUGCAUUAUAAUUAUUUGAACGCGGAAACGCAUUUGUUGGCACCAUCAUUUACUACAUAAAUCAAUGGAUUUUUGUAAAAUGGAAAGAAAGAAAAAAAGAAGGAAAGAAAAGAUUAAUUAUUGCCUUGCAAUAUCGAAUUCUAAAACAAUGACACUUAUUAUAAUAGUAGCUGGUUCUACGCUAUCGCUAACAGUAAAUUAGUAUGUAUAAAAGCAAAAUAUAAUGGCAGAUUAUUGGAUUGACAAUAAAACGUUGAAUACAUAUAUUCCGUGAGUUCAAAAUGAGAGGAAUAGUGAUAUAAAUGAUUAUUCGUAUUCAAGGAAAACAAAGGUUCUCAGUGUCGUUAUGUGAAACACACUUUAAACAUACAUCUGUACAUUUGUGACUAGCAAUGGAGUAAUGUUUCUGUUUAAUUUCAUCUAUGCUAGAAUUAUAUGUCCUGUGCAUGGUACUCGAAUUUGAUAUGCCUUCACCAGUGUUUGUUGAAAGACUCUGUAUCAUUGGACUGAAAACUUUGAGCCAGACAAAUUGUUAAUUACAUAGUAACACGUAAGGCAUAAGACGUAUAAAUAUUAUUGAACUGUUGUUAACGUGCCCUAGUAUGCUUUUUCGACGCAAUAAUUCUGUGCAUAAGAAAAAAAGUUUCCAUAGUAUGUUUUCAAUGUAAAAACUCAAAUUUAUUGUUCAACUUAAAAUGCAAUAGAGAAAAAUGGAAAAAUGUAUGUUUAUCUUUAUUAUACUAUCACGUAUCAUUUUAUUAGGACUGAAUAAAAUUGAAUGUUGUGAAUAGCAAAUGAUGGUAUUGUUACGUUAAUAGUAAGUGAACUGUUAUAAUAACGUUCAUAAGAAUGUCUAAUUUAGCCUUCGGUCUUAGUACGUCCCAAAGAAUAACGUGUUCAGAUAAAGCUCCCGUGUUUGUCCCAAAGAUGCCGUCAUUAUAUGGAAUCAUUGAAAUCAAACACAAUGGGUCGCGUUUAUUUUUACUUUUACUGUUGUAUCGCGUAAUUUCAUAACGACGAUGUAUUAUCCAUACUGUAUAUAUUAUUAUCUAUAUUAUUUCAUCGUAAUUAUUAUGACCAUUAUCGUGUUACUAUUGUUAUAUCACUAUCAUUGACAUUAUUACUAUUACUAUUAUUACUACUACUACUACUACUACUAUUACUACUAUUGUCUAUAACGUAGCAUCUAUUAUCAUAAAACACUAUGCGCUGUCAAUAUAUCAUUUACCAAUGAACAGAAGUAAGUGUAAAAUCGUAUUAUAUAUACAUGUUAUUCAUAAAUAUGAUUAUUGUAUAUCGGUAUUGUUAGAGUUUCAAAUGCCUAUACAAGGGUGUUCCACAUCACUAAAAUAAGCCUCAUCUUUAUAAUGUUCAAAGAUGUAAAGAAAUGAUACAGGAGAAAAUUAAAUGCUGUUGAAUGAUGUAUAUUCUAAACUUAAGUUCGACACAUUCGACGUUAUUUAAUUUUCUCCCAUCUCUAAUUGUUUUAGCAUUAUAACUUAUUCCAGUUGUAUGGGACACUCUGUAUAGAUACAUCUUGAUCACAGAAGCAUAGGAUCAAGCGCGACGAUUACAGAUGUGUGCCAGAAUGAACCUUUAUCGGAAUAAACCAAAUGAUCUAAUCACGCUUGAUUCAGAUGAUUUAGAAAGGCCUCGUCCAAAGAAUUUGAAUUGAUUUCUUGUUGCACCAACUAUAUUCUAAUUGUGACGAACAGUCUUUGUUACUGAAUGCUUAAGCGUAUGAAAAAAUCUACUUGAACUAUUUAUAAUUGAAUGUUCAAGUAAUUAAUCUUUCAUGAGAUGCGGUAACGAAGUCGAAUUGUAUACGGUGUACUAUGCACAAAGGACGCUGGUUUCUUUUUAUAUACGUAUUUAAUAUACAUACAUUUACAGCAUUGAGGGAGAUACAAAACAAGAAUGAUGCUUUGUUAAUUUAAGUCGAAAACUCCCUGUAGUAAUUAGUAAAAAAAAAAAAAAAUAUGUUGCGUAAAUUCACUUCUCUUCGUGUAAUCGACAAGCACCUCGAGCCAUGUAUAAUUAUACAAAUAUACAUAAAUGUAUGUAUUUUUCGGUAAACAAAUUUCUCUGAGAGACUGAACACGUAGAACGUCCUUUGAAAGACGGAAUUCCAUUAGAAGAUUUCUUCAUACGAUCUUUGUAUCUUCAAGAAAAAGAAAAGAGACAUUCAGGAGUUAUGCUUAUUAAGAUUAAAAAUAAUAUCAUUGAAUUUAAGGAUUGUUUAAAUUGCUUGACACCUUACCGACCGGAAGUCCUCGUAGUUCUUGAUGGCAGUGGUCGUUGACUGAAAACCAUCUAAUAAGCCCUAAAUGAUUUAUCUAUAACUCAAUGAAAAAAUUAUUAAUAUCUAUUUAUGUUAUUCGCGAUCGGUAGAUAAGGUGUUGAAAAUAUUACUUAUAAUAGAUGAAUAAUUUCUGUUGUUAAACAAUGUGAUUUAUCAUAGCCGCAUUUUCAAAAGUUUCUUGGAGAAAUCUUCAUGAUUAAGGACGUGACUGAAGAAAAUUAGAAAUUUUGAUGCUUAGGCAUGAGAAAGGUUCAAGGAUGCCUACACAUAAGUUUAGAAAUUUGUUUGCUAUUUGUUUAACAACGAGAUUGCUGCACAUAUAUAUGUAUACGUAGAUCCAUACGCAUAACGAGUGUUUCCUCUAAGCUGCGCGCAUGCGCGGACGUAAGGUUCCCGAGUAUUUAAAAUUUUGCCCGCGCACCAUUCAAAAUCAUAACAGGUCCGCGCAGAAAGUAAAUGAAAAUUAGAGGGAACGUUGUGCAUAAUCGCUGAUAAUCUUCGACCCAAAUAUAGAAAAAUAUUGAGAAUUUAACAACGUCCAGGUGUAUAGCAGUUUUUCCACAAGUUUGAAAUACAGCGAAGUAAUGAUUGCAGAGCGGUUUAAAAAAAAAAGAAGGCAGGAAAUAACAAAGAUUUUUCGUUUUGUAAAAUUACAGAGUUUCUCUUGGUUCAAUUUAUACUAGAGGUAUUAUGUUCCUGUCAUCGUUUCGUAGUUUAAUCUUAAACGAGGUUUAAUUAAACAUUUUUGCUCAACGUCUAAGUAUUUCCUAAGAUGUGUAUUAUCUAUUUCGUAAAUUUGUAAGAGUUGCUGCGUUACAGAUUGACAAAUUAAUUGAAAUUUAUUCAUUCCAAACGUGUCAUUAUACGCUUUGAAUAUUCCAGAAGUUAUUUACCAUGUAAUUAAUAUGAAAAAUGCUCUCCCAGAUAAUUAACUGAUUGUUAAUUGUUUGUUAAAACAGACGCGUGAUUUGUGCUUGCGAUAAUUUUUAAAUCAAUGAUUCGAAAAUAUUCGAGGACUCAAAUUAUUCGCAAAGAUUGUAUUUUUAAUAAUGUGACAUGCAUUUUUAUAAAAAUGAACGCAUUUCAUUGCCAUUUUUUGUUUAACUGUGUUUCAUAUCGUGUCGAAUUGAUAAUUUGUUACUUUAUGAAUAAGUCAUCCCUUCAUUAAUAUUAAAAUUCUGGAUUGUAAUUUAUAAUAAAACUUAAGAAAUUCUUGAAUUUUGAAGCAACCUUUCGAAAUGGAUAUACAUACGUUUGUGUAUCCUUUGCCUUUUUGCUUCUUAAUAAAAUAGCGAGUUAGUAAUUUUGUUAAACGUGGCUGCGCAGUCACACAAUUAACAGAUACAUUAUACCGAUGUUACAAGUUACAGGCAAAUACAUAUAUAGCAAAUCGUUGUUUUAUCAUAAUACGUCUCCUUGUACAUAAGUUUAAAUAUAUAAAUAUCUGGUUCAUUAUACGUACA